UAAUCUUUCACAGGAGCCGCCGAUAGGGCCUAAAUCUCAAGCCACCUGUGACAUCAAGCUCAAGAUCAAGACGGAACCGCCGCAAAAUGUAAACAAAACCACGUUCACUUGACAUUAAAGUGUUCUAUAGAAGAAUGAGCCGUGCCGCGCGGGGACAGCCGUCAAGGGGAAGGAGGGUCAAGGGUGGUGCCGGUGGACGCAGGGACAGAUUUGAGGCCUCAGGGGAUGGUGCCUCGUCCACCCUGGGGCAGGACCUGGAGGAGGAGGCCAUCAGUCGCCUCUCCCUGGAAGGGGAAAAAAAGGAAUCAAAAAGUGAGGAAACCAGAGAGGAUGAGGAAGAUGGAAGCGAGGAGAGCAGCAGCAGCGGUGAUGGUGAGGAGGAGGAGCCGAGGGUGUCCGAGACAGUCAAGUUUCCCGUGGCAAUGUGGGACUUGAAACACUGUGACCCCAAGAAGUGUUCAGGCAGGAAGCUGGUGCGGCUGGGCUUGGUGCGGACCCUCAAGCUUGGACAGAGGUUUCCCGGCAUCGUGUUAACUCCCGUGGGGCAGAAAUGUGUUUCGCCUGAGGAUGGCCCAGUACUUGAGCAACAUGGCACAGCGGUGGUGGACUGUUCCUGGGCCAGGCUGGCUGAGACACCCUUCGGCAGGAUGAAGGCCGGCCACCCCAGGUUGCUGCCCUACCUGGUGGCCUGCAACCCUGUCAAUUACGGCCGGCCCUGCAAGCUGUCGUGUGUUGAGGCCAUCGCUGCCACCAUGUACAUAUGCGGGCAGAAGGAUGGUGCUGUCUUAUACCUCAGUAAAUUUAAGUGGGGCAAGAACUUCCUGAAGCUGAACGAGGAGCUCCUGGACAAAUACAGCGCUUGUCGGACCAGCAGCGAGGUGGUGGAAGUCCAGAACAGAUACAUGAAGCUGCUGGAGGAGGAAGCGAGGGCAGAGAAAGAUAAGAUUGACCUUCCACCAUCUGCAUCAGAGUCAGAGGAGGAGGAGGAGAGUGAUUAGAGACAGGUAAACCAUGCAUUAAAUUCACUUCUAUGUAGUUUAUGUAGAUUCGCAUUUUGAGGAGAAGUCCAGUCAUCCUCCCUAUCAGUAAUUGACUCUUUUGGGGUUUCAAUUCUAUUUCCUUUUACUAGAGUAGCGUUUAGUGUGAUUUAUUUUUGUUUUUCUUUUGUUGUUCUUUUGUCCUUGAGCUGCUUCUGUUACUGUUAAAAAUAUAUAAAGGCCAGACUACAAAAACAAUUCUGGCUAGGCUCAUAAGAGAAGGCUGCCUUGUAUCAAGUUUAUAGACAAAUCCUUCCAGCUCAAGACUUAACACCGGUCACCAGAGCCUCCUGUCCUGCUGUCCACAUUAUUUUAUCAUUAAAAGAUUUUCCACUA